AAGACCGCUACCGGUUUGGCUUUGGGUCUUGGCGGGACCGUUAACCCCCAUGAGCGCCGCGGGUCCUUUGUUCUUAAUUCGGGGCCCCGCAGCGUUCGCCCCGCACCCAACGCGACUCUGCACCUCAUUUCACAAGCGUAUGCCGGGUAUCGCACAAUGGAACAGUUGGGGCGGGGGAUCCUCUUAAAAAUUCUGCGAGGCUGAGGCGAAAUGAUCACGAGUUCGAGCCCAGGCUCGGCGACUUUGUGAGUCCCUGCCUCAAAGUAAGAAACCAAUGGACCGAGAUGUAACUCAGAGCGAAGGUCCAGGGUUCUGUAUCCCAUUGCCGAGAGGGAAGGAGGGAAAGAGAGAGAAGGAAUUCGUCCCUGACCACAGCCCCAGAGGUCAUCUUCUCCUCGGUUCCUGCAAAGUGGCGCGGUGUUCUUCACUCUGCAGACUCAUCAUCACACACGCCGCCUGUGUGAUGGCACCGGGAACUGAACCCAGGACCUUUAGCAGAGCCGCACCCGCAACACUCAUUUUCUCCCGGGCCGCCCAGUGACCCCCGCAAGCCUUCACCAUGGACUUCCAACACCGCCCCGGGGGCAAGACGGGCAGUGGGGGCGUGGCCUCCUCCUCCGAGAGCAACCGGGACAGGAGGGAGCGGCUCCGGCAGCUGGCUCUGGAGACCAUCGACAUCAACAAGGACCCCUAUUUCAUGAAAAACCACCUGGGCUCCUAUGAAUGCAAGCUCUGCCUGACCCUGCACAACAAUGAGGGGAGCUACCUGGCCCACACACAGGGGAAGAAGCACCAGACCAACCUAGCCCGGCGGGCGGCCAAGGAGGCCAAGGAGGCCCCUGCCCAGCCGGCGCCUGAGAAGGUCAAGGUGGAGGUGAAGAAGUUUGUGAAGAUCGGGCGCCCCGGCUACAAAGUGACCAAGCAGAGGGACACCGAGAUGGGCCAGCAGAGCCUCCUGUUUCAGAUCGACUACCCUGAGAUUGCUGAGGGUAUCAUGCCCCGCCACCGCUUCAUGUCUGCCUACGAGCAGCGAAUCGAGCCCCCGGACCGGCGCUGGCAGUACCUGCUCAUGGCCGCUGAGCCCUACGAGACCAUCGCCUUCAAGGUGCCUAGCAGGGAGAUUGACAAGGCGGAAGGCAAGUUCUGGACCCACUGGAACCGGGAAACCAAGCAGUUCUUCCUCCAGUUCCACUUCAAGAUGGAGAAGCCCCCUGCACCACCCAGCCUCCCCGCGGGGCCCCCAGGGGUGAAGCGACCGCCACCCCCACUGAUGAACGGGCUGCCCCCCCGGCCGCCGCUGCCGGAGUCUCUUCCCCCACCCCCACCAGGCGGCCUGCCGCUGCCCCCCAUGCCUCCCACCGGGCCUGCACCUUCGGGCCCCCCUGGGCCUCCCCAGCUGCCCCCUCCGGCUCCAGGGGUCCACCCUCCAACACCAGUGGUCCACCCCCCUGCAUCUGGGGUCCACCCCCCAGCUCCAGGGGUGCACCCUCCAGCACCAGUGGUCCAUGCCCCCACAUCUGCAGUCCACCCAGCGGCUCCAGGGGUGCACCCUCCAGCCCCCGGGGUCCAUCCACCAGCCCCUGGGGUCCACCCACCGGCCCCAGGCGUGCACCCUCCCCCAGCAGCUGGGGUCCACCCCCAAACCCCAGGAGUGCACCCACCUGCUCCUGCGGUUCACCCGCAGGCCCCUGGGGUGCACCCUGCAGCCCCUGGGAUUCACCCGCAGGCUCCAGGGGUCCACCCCCAGCCUCCUGGGGUCCACCCUGCAGCUCCUGGGGUGCACCCCCAGCCUCCUGGAGUUCAUCCAGCAAACCCUGGGGUACAUCCACCAACUCCCAUGCCUCCAAUGUUGAGGCCUCCUCUGCCCUCGGAGGGCCCUGGGAACAUUCCUCCGCCGCCCCCAACCAACUGAGGCGCCCCCCCUCCGCAUCCCGUGUCUGGCUGCCUGUUUUUCUGUGUUUUCCCACAGAGCAGAGUCCUCAGCUUUUGUACUAUGCCCAGAGCCCAUUAAACAGCCUCCCCCGUG